AUGCAACAUCUUUAUCCGAAUUUCUACUCCCUGGUUUCGGCUCCAGCUCAACCACUGGAUCCACAUGUUCGACGUCGUUCCUUUGUUUGGAAUCCGUCAGUCUCGCGUGGUUUGAACGCCAUAUCUUAUCCAGUAGUGGCUAUCGACCCGGGCACACCAGCGAUAGUGAAUUCACGUGUUGCACGUGCUGAGACUAACACGAGUGGGAUGCGUAAACGCAGUGCCAGCCACAUGACAGUCCGACAACCUCUAGCACCCAUUCAGCCGGCAUGGCCCAAGACAGGUGUGAGUGGAGUGUCUACUGGAACCGUGGAUGCUAACAAUACUGCGGAUCGUGAUUCAACCACCUCGUCCACAGCUUCGACUCCGCCACCGCCACCACCUCCCGGAUUUGCAGAUGAACAGCCGGGAUCAAACAGAGCGGUGCACAGUGAGCAGAAAUCCACCAAAUGUCAACUACCACCACCACCGCCGUUGUCGGUGGCAACGGCACCGAUCUCACAGUCAUGGGUGCAAGCCCCCGCGGCAUUUUACACCAUCCCUUCUAACCGAAACGCUUACCCGGUUUAUCCGAUCCAAGGUACUGGCACACAGUCAUUCGGGAACAUGAUUACCACUCCUAUUGAUCAUCAACCAGUAGCCGCGUAUGCAGCAGCGUGGACACCGGUGGUUCGGAGACACCAGGAACCUGUCUAUCAGACUUCCAUACCUCCCGCGUAUCCUACUCCUCUAAAUCGAUCGGCUUAUCGCGCAUCGAUUCAGUCGUAUCUCAUACCCGUUCGAAUGCAAACUGCAUUGAGCUUACAAUCACUAGACAAACUGUGCUCAAACCCAGUGACACCGAUCCCGAACGCUCCGUCGGUCAAAUCUGUUCACUCCGGUCACGUUGCACGUCCGAAACUGGUCAUGGGAUUGCGUGACCUAAGUUGUUCGGGCCGUGGUUCUAGUCAAAAACUGAAGCCUGAAUGUUCCGCGUCCCAGCAACAACACCCGCCGAGGUCCGUUCGACAGGAAUUAGGUGUCUCGAUACCGGUAUUGGCUACCCCGCAUUCAUCUCGACCAGUCCUAAUCCACACGCGGAUGAACUCCUGUCCAUCCGCAUCCCAGACAAGUGGCACGCACGCAAUGCAAUAUGCGGUUCCAAUCGAUCACGGACUUUGUCGACCUUUACGACGACCAGCCGAUACCAGUCGUCAUGCCCGCAUGAUCGAUCGACGCCGUACCGUGUGGGAUUUGGUCCCAUUCAACGGAAAGGAGUCCAUUCCGAUCACCUACAUAGCUGGUUCGGGGCAGCCUCCAGUCGGGGUUGCCGCCAACGGUGUGUUGACGAUUCCGUCUGCAUCGAUAAUCCAGUCUGCAGGGAGCAAAACCGAUUUCGUCUCAUCAGGCAUUCAUAGUCUGUCCUCUGAUUCGGGGGUUGAGUUGGCUGAGGUUGAAUUACGAAACAAAACUGGUGCAUCUCCCAGUUUAGGUCGAGACAGUGAUGGUAGUGUCUGUGUCGAUACGAGAAACAGUAGUAGUGCUGGUGCUGGUGCCGAAGGUGGUCGCAACGGUUUAAAGCAGCGCCCGGUUGGUUCUACGGGUGCUCUGCGCAGACGGAAUCCCGUUAACGCUCGUCGGGUUAGUUAUUUUUGUGUCAAACACACUCCAAUUUGUUGGUAUCCGUAUUUAGAAUGCUUGCACUAUAGUUCCGUACUCGUUCCUUCCAAUGCAACUCAAAUGGUUCCUGGCGGUUAA